AUGAUCCACUCGUUUUCGAAAAGGACUAUUCACACUUCGCGACGCUGGCUCUCAAGCACAUAUUCACAACAACAGAACUGUUUAUUAAAGUUACAUACAUUCAACAAUUUCAACCAUAACGGUCAUGAAAUUCGACGCUUAUGUCAAUUCUCCACAGUAAAUCAGCAACAGCCAGCGGCUUCAACAGGACAUGAAAUACCCCAAUCUUUAAUUCCUCCUAACAAGACCACGCAGUUCGAUGCGCGACAAAAUGCAUACCAGGCUGGGAAAGCAAAAGCGUCAAAGGAAAUGCCUCUCUACUCUUCAGAAUCAUCGGAAGAUAAACGAAAGGGUGCCGACGAAUACACGUUGAAUGUUGGUGCUGCAAUUCGCACAAUUCGUUCUGAUCUUCCUCGUUUUUUUGAACGCGGCUUGUCAGACACAUCAAUCUACUCUCAAAAUAUUCUCCUGUCUGAGCCAUACCAUACACGACUAUACGUCCGCGGCAAACACUUAUACGUUGGAAUAGCUAAUUUACUACGUUGGAGUCUAACAUGGUACUUUGAUGAUAUCAUAUUCGAAAUGAUCAGCAUGCGCGUAGUAGACGCUAACACGGGUGGACAGGAUGAUGAUGAAGGCAGUUUCCAUUAUCCAUUGAUUGAUGAGGCGAACGCCAUCUACAGCAACAACAUUACACCAGAGAACCAGAGAAUUAUUUCACUGUCUCGCCAUGAUGUGCUUCCAACAACGUUAAAUCCGCCUUCGAACCCAGAACCAUCAGAAAGAGAUACUCGUCUUUUCGUUCGCUGGACAUUUGAAGGCACUCCUCGUGCAUCAUAUUUCUGGUCACUUUUUUCAUCAAGUGAAUCGCCUAUUCCUCGGUCCACUUUUUCUGGAGUAUUUAUGUAUAUGUUUGACGCGAGAGGACAUGUUAGCGAGCAUUGGGUAAAAAGCAUAAUACCUGCUCCUAGCAGAAGGGCGGUGCUGUAUCAUGGCUUUGGAGGAUUGGGUGGACUGUACAUUAGAUAUCAUUCAAGAUGUAAACUAAAUGCAGAAGGCGUUAUUUUAAUCUUUUACGAAACGACUCGUAUUUUAUGGCGUCUACUGGGUUGA